AGGCACUGGCUCUUCAAACCACUCUCUUCUGACCUCGUACCUGCAUUCAACUCUCCUCUGUUGCUGCUUCUGCUUGACUAUUUGACACUGGAACUGCAGUCUCUCAUUUCCUCCCACCUGUCUGUAUCGAAAUCACCUCUAGAGAGUCUCCCACUCCUGCGUUCCCACCGCCCCGUCCACCGCCGGUAAACUCCUCAACGGAUCAACUAUGCAACAAUAGCUUGAGCUAUCUCGUCUCUCCUGGCCUCUCUGGUCCGGCCGUGAUGUUUUCCACCUGUCAAACCAUUCCACUUGGGGCUCAUUUUGGCAGCCUAUCACUUUUGGUGCCUGUGGUAAAGCGUCUGUGGUCUGCGGGGGGAGAGCAUGCCCUUCGUCUGGGGUCGUGAACGAUUUCCAGAGCCUCCAGCCAAAAGACGGAAAGUGUAUUCGGAUAUGGCCCGGUACAGUGCACCACAGUAUGAGGACAACGACGAGGAACAAUUUCCAUUUGAGGAUGCACCAAGUUCGGAAGGAUAUAUUGCCUCCAAACGAGAGGAGCACGGGGAGAAGCAUGAGAUAUCAAUCCGGACAAGUGAUAGAGAAGAGCUGAUCCAGUGCAUUAAACGGGGCCAGCGGACGACAUGGGUUCCCAAACCUGGACUGGAGGCUAUAUGUGCCGAAGUCAACGCCGACCAGGACGCUUCUUCACCGCCUACCUUGCUCUCGCAAAGGUCUGAUAUUCAACCUGAGCAAAGCACAAGGACUCGCGUGGGGAAGGAGGACACAGGGAUAAGGCCCCCUCCACUCUCCGCAGCCGAUGCUUUACGCCGUUCAAUGUCGCCCUUGCAAACGGGCGAAUUUCUUGGUGACCUCUGGGAGAGGACAACGCGGAUUCCCCAGGAAUCUGCACCUCUUUCCACACCCAGGAAGCAGGAUGUUCGACACGAGUACGGUGACUCUCCUCCAUUCUGGCAGACUGAAACUUCUCCAACAUUGAGUCUCAAGUCGCAUCAGGGUUCUCCUUCGGACAUCCUCAGAAGGUCGCGUGCCCCCUCUCUCGGAAGCAGCUUGUCUUCAAGUUUCGUCAUGAGAAUCCCCACGAGUCCCCUCGUUCACGCGACGAACAAUCCUACACUGGAUUUCUCGCCGAGGGAUCCACAGAAGGCUGAAAUGGGAAAAUCAGCAAGAAGGAGAACAAUGCCUCCCAACGCCUUCGAAUCUUUGCACAUCUCACCCGUGGACGCUGCCACGCCGAACUUCAGCCGGCCAUUACCAUACGUCCAGUCGCAACACCGUGAUGGUCCCUCGUUUCCCCAUGGACACCGACCACGUCGUUCGUUAAGCUCUUUCACAUAUCAAGCUGCUAUAGUUCCACAGGUCCCUCCCUGGCUGAAACAACGUCGACCUUCGCUGGCAGCUGACGGAUCUCCGCGCCAUCGGGCAUCGAUGGUCGGCUCUUUCGAGGAGUCGAUUCUUCGAGGUAGGAUGUCUACCCCGCCGUCGAAGCCUCUUGACUUUGUGGCACAAAUUGGAGUUAUGGGAAAAGGUAACUGCCCGGCCAGCCUGAAAUGUCCGGCCCACGUAACUGUACCGUUUCCGGCGGUCUUUUAUAACUAUCCUUCGGCGAGUGCGUCCAGAUCAAUCUCAGACGAUAAUCCUAGUCCUUACGUUGGCAAUAUCGACCUGGAACAUAAUUUGAAAACACCGCAAGAACCACGCCGUCGCACGCGACGGUCUGAAGCUAACCUUGAUCCCGAAGCAUUGGCAGCCGAAAUCACAAAGCCGGAAAAUACGGCUAUUGGCAGAGCUUUAGCUAAGGAAGCACGGGAAAAGAAGGAAAAUACUACAGCAUCGUCCAAAGUUCCUCCUGGUGGAGCAUACCGCGUGCCGCAAAAAGGGCAACUGCAACUGAUUAUAAAGAAUCCCAACAAGACCGCAGUCAAACUAUUCUUGGUCCCAUACGAUCUGGAAGGCAUGCUUCCUGGCACCAAGACAUUCGUUCGACAGCGGAGUUACUCAUCUGGUCCGAUUCUCGAAACUGGAAUCUUGGAGAAACAAGCUGCCUGGGCAGAUCGAGACCCUUUGAGCACAAAGGACAUCCUUCGCUAUCUCAUCCACCUCAAAUUUUGCUGUACGGCAAAGGGUCGUUUCUAUCUCUACGACAAUAUUCGCGUGGUCUUUGCCAACCGCGUGCCAGACGACAAGGAGAAGCUACGGAACGAAGUUCAGCUGCCGGAGCCUAGAUACACUGCCUAUAAACCGGCAGUGGGGCAGCAUUCGCGAAGCCCGAGCGUGGCAGAAGAGAAACUCCCUGAUCGAUCGCAAGCUCGAGCUGCUCUUGAUUUUGACAAGUUGGACGAUGUCGUGCGUUCAGGCAGCAGAGACAACCAUUUCAUGCAAACGGAAAGCUCACCUCCUACCCCAUUCGACCUUCCGGCAACCUCGACUUUCGACCAUGACUCGACUGGGGUGGGGCACGACGAGGGAUCUGGACUUGAGCGCACACUUUCUCCCACUCCUGGCUUUCUGCCUUCAACGUCGUCGCGAAGUUCGCCAGUGCCAUGGCCGACUUCCAAUGGUUCUUCCAUAGCACAAGGCUUCACUUCCACUCCAGUCGAGGCUGGACAUGGAUUACUGUCGCGCAAGCUCAAGGAAUUCAACGGGACAGUUGCGGGGCAAAGGGAGUAGCGCCCGAUAGACGGCGCUUAUCAGCAGAAUGACGGAGUUCUGGGCGUCACAAUCGGAACUGGGACUGAAAUAAUUGGAGAUACCCCCCUGUUUCUACUACAAGGACUCGUAGAGAGGAGUACUGGCCAAAGGUCCGGAGACAUACUCAUACACAAUUUCAAGGCAUAUUCUUUUCUCC